UGCUUGAUGGAACGCGCCGCUGCGCCGAAGCCGGCUGUUGCCCGAGCGUUGACACCGCAGCAGGUUGCCCGUGUUGCUUUUAUGUUGUGGAUGUCGGACUGAUUCCGCGUUGGUAGACUUUUUUUGUGGCCGAAAAGGAGGUUACUUUUCUGGGGCAGUGGCGGACCACGCUGACCAUGGCCUCCAACUUCAAUGAUAUAGUGAAACAGGGAUACGUGCGGAUACGGAGUAAGAAACUAGGGAUCUUCAGGAGGUGUUGGCUGAUGUUUAAGAAAGCGUCCAGUAAAGGCCCAAGGCGGUUAGAGAAAUACCCAGACGAGAAGGCAGCAUACUUCCGAAGCUUUCACAAGAUCACAGAGCUCCGCAGUAUCAAGAACAUUACACGGAUGCCGAGGGAGACCAAGAAACAUGCCGUGGCAAUCGUCUUUUACGACGAGACGUCCAAGACAUUUGCCUGUGAGUCAGAGCUGGAUGCAGAGGAGUGGUGGAAGCUACUGUGUGUGGAGUGUCUAGGAAGCUGUCUGAACGACAUCAGCCUGGGAGAACCAGACCUGUUAGCAGCGGGGGUGCAGCGGGAGCAGAACGAGCGGUUCAACGUGUACCUGAUGCCCACUCCUAACCUGGACAUCUAUGGGGAGUGUACGAUGCAGAUCACCCAUGAGAACAUCUACUUGUGGGAUAUCCACAAUGCCCGCGUCAAACUGGUUAUGUGGCCCCUCAACUCACUGAGGAGAUACGGACGAGACUCCACCUGGUUCACCUUUGAGUCAGGAAGGAUGUGUGACACGGGGGAGGGUCUGUUUACGUUCCAGACUAGGGAGGGAGAGAUGAUGUACCAGAGAGUCCACUCAGCCACACUGUCCAUCGCACAGCAACAUGAGAGGAUGAUGGAGGAGAAGACUUCACAGACCCACUCCAACCAGACAAUGUUAACCAAGUCCAUCUCCCUGCCUCGCAGUGCCUACUGGCAUCACAUAAUGCGUCAGAACAGUGUUGGAGAUAUCUACAGCUACCAAGGUACAAGCCUGACGAUGACCCUGAUGACCCGAGCACAGACCUUCCCCAGCUUCCUCUCUGGAAAGACAGAAGAAGAGCAGUCCUCACAGCGCCAGGAAGAGGCACUAUCCCCCUCCAGUGGCUACGGCUCAAACUGCAGCCAGGUGACGCUCCAAUGACAAGUACCUUCAGAACAAAACUGGACAUUCCAACACUUUAGAAAGCCUGUAGAAAUAUGUAUAGGAACAUGUAUGAUAUCAUUUUAUCUUAAUAUAUUAUGAUGAUAGUGUUAAUUGUAG